CAUUCAGCCUUUGUUUUAUCUGAAAAUUCAUUUCCAAAAUUUAGACAGAGAUUGAGAGACAUUACAAAUCGUCUCUCUUUCUCUAUGAUGUGAUUCUCCGUUUUUCACCCUUUUUUCUUUCUUUUAUCCCUUUUGCAAUUGUCUUUGAUUUUGUUGCUGACCUAUAGAUACAGAGCCAUGAAUGAGAAGGCAUCUGUUUCCAAAAGGCUCAAUGCCAAACAUGCAAAGAUACUAUUAGAUCUUCUUAAACAACCGGGAAACAAGGAAUGUGCAGAUUGCCAUAACAAGGGUCCACGGUGGGCAAGCAUCAACCUCGGGAUAUUCAUAUGUAUGCAAUGCUCUGGAAUACACCGCAGUCUUGGAGUGCACAUCUCCAAGGUAAGAUCUACGACGUUGGACACAUGGCUCCCCGACCAGGUUGCCUUCAUGCAGGCGAUGGGGAACGAGAAGGCCAACAGCUACUGGGAAGCGGACUUACCAGCAGUGUUUGUUAGAAGUCCAAUUGAAACCUUCAUUAAGGCCAAGUAUGUGAGUCGAAGAUGGGCUCCAACGACCCCACAGCCAAUACCCGAAAUCUAUGAAGAGAACACCACCUUAACAAGAAAGGAAAUUCCAAAGAGAGCAAGAAGAUACUCUCUGGAUGAAGAGUUUUUCAUCAAGGGAAUCCCAAAAAUUGAAGCUCAAACAUCAUCACAUUGUCGUGCGGAAUCUUUUAAUUUUUUGGAAUCCUUCGAAGAAUCUUCAUCUCCGGUCAGUUUUGAGGCAUGUCCGUCUAUUAAGAAUGUGGAUGCUGGUACAGAUCUCUUUAGCCUGCUCUAUGUGUCGGAAGAAACACAAGAUCGUACCGUGGUGCCUCCAUCGCGAUGGGCUACUUUUGAGUGAGGCGACGCAUCGACUGGAUGAGGAAAAAUAUUCGAAGCAACGGAUGUCGCGCACAUAAGCGAUUCGUAUCUUGCAGACACUUGGAAGUGACAAAAUCAGAACAAUUGGUUCGAUUUUUUUUUUAUUAAGAUAAGAUAUGGUCAAUCAUAAUUUUUAAUAGCAUAAAUGUCACCUUUUCCU